AUGCAAACCCCGGCCUCCAUGGUGAUGGGCAUCGUGUUCGCCCCUCUGGGCCUGGUGCUGAUCUUCAUGGCAGCCAUCACGCCCCAGUGGAGGGAGGGGCAGACCCAGCUAGUGGGUGUGGCCGGGGCUGAGCCCCACCUCCUCCUGCGCACCGAUGGCCUAUGGGAGAGCUGCCUACAGGUGGCCCACUCGGAGCUGAAGCAGUGCUGGCCAGUAGAAGGCGCCUACCAGAGCGACCCACAGGUGAGGCUGGCGCAAGGCCUUGUACUCAGCUCCUUGUUCCUGUGUGGUGCCGGCAUUGUGCUGGCCAGUGUGGGGGUGAGGUGCUGGACCGACCUGCCUCUGAGAAGCGUGGUGGCGGCGGGAGGCCUGCUAGUGGCGCUGUCAGGCCUGCUGAGUCUAACCGCCCUGGGGGUGUACACACACAACCUGGGAAUACUGGGGAUGGAGCAGACACCCCCCCACAGACCUCAUCAUAGGCUGCCACAGCUCACUCUCUACCCGGCCGGGUCGCUCUACUUCGGCUGGGUGGGGGGAUGUGUACAGGUGGUUGGGGGGGUGGCGCUACUGCUCAGCUUCAAGAUUCGGCCCAGAUGUCCCUCCUGUACCUUCUGCUCACAGCUGAAGAACAAGCAGGACACAGAGGUGUAUGACGUCAGCUGUUAG